UCUUCAGUCGGCGUCGUUUUGGGGCAUUUCCGGAGAGUGGCUGCGCUGCACUGAGAUUAAAGUCACCAUGUCGGAGCUGAGCGACGAAGCCAGCGAGUCAGAACUGCUGAAUCGCAGCCUGUCCAUGUGGCAUGGCGUGGGACAGAGGGUCUGUCAGCAAGAGUUAGAUGUUCCUCUGGAUCUUCACACAGCAGCCUCUAUAGGGCAGUAUGAAGUGGUAAAGGAGGGCAUUCAAUGCAGGGAGAUAGACCUGAACCAGAGGAACUGCGGUGGCUGGACCCCGUUAAUGUAUGCCUCUUACAUUGGUCACGACACCAUUGUGCAUAUGCUGCUGGAAGCCGGUGCAAAUGUGAAUACGCCGACACCAGAAGGGCAGACUCCGCUCAUGCUGGCCGCUAGCUGCGGCAACGAGAGUGUGGCCUCUUUCCUCCUCCAGCGAGGUGCCCUGUUGGAGAUGAAGGACAUGCACGGCUGGACUGCCCUCUUCCAUUGCACCAGCGCUGGCCAUCAGCAAAUGGUCAAGUUCUUACUGGACAGUGGCGCCAAUGCCAACUGCAGGGAGCCCCUCUGUGGAUACACCCCACUGAUGGAAGCGGCUGCUUCUGGCCACGAGAUCAUUGUCCAGUAUCUUCUCAAUCAUGGCGUGCGAGUAGAUGUGCGGGACAGCACUGGAGCCACAGCGCGGGCGUUGGCCAUGAAGUACGGACACGUGAAGAUCGUGGGGCUGAUCGACCUGCAUGCUGCCCCCGUGCCCAAGGUCCUUUGCAGGGGCCCAGGAAAAUAUGAAGAUCUGAGCUCAUCCGAUGAAUCCUACACUGCUCCUCAGAGACAAAAGCCUGCUCGCAAAUCCAAAGGCCCCAGUAUCCAUGAAGGGCCCCAUGCCUUGGCCAAGAUAACAGGAGUCCGAACUGGAGGGAAAAACCAGUCACGUCAUGAACAGGUCCCGCCCGAGGGCUAUGUUACCUUUAAAGAUGAUGGAAGUGGCUUUGAAGGAGGAGAUCUCCAUUACAGAGACGUCACCUCUCCCAUCAAUGAGCAUGAUGUGGAAAGUAGCAGCAGCCGAGAAGACAAUUGCUUCUUCCACAAUGACGUAGCUGCUGUCAGGACCAGCAGCAGCAGCAGUGAAGGCCUGGCCAAAGCCAUGGGGAUCAGCAGUGAGGGCUCUCUGGAGAGCAACGAGGAUUCAGACCACGCAGCGAAUGUCCCCAGUCGAAAGCAUGCCAGGAGCCACGUGAAGGCUAAGAGCCGCCACAGCCACAGCGACAGCCACUGGUCUUACAGAUCCAGGACAUCGAACCAGCACUGCAACCCCUGCAGUGCAGAGACGCCUCCUUACACUGGGCCCCAGGAUCUCGCCACCUUCCUAGAACAGAUUGGGUGCCUGAAGUACCUGCAAGUAUUUGAGGAGCAAGAUGUUGACCUUCGUAUCUUCCUCACCCUAACAGAGAGCGACUUGAAAGAGAUUGGCAUCACCCUCUUUGGGCCAAAGAGGAAGAUGACCUCUGCUAUCGCCCGAUGGCAUAGCAGUGCCCAGCCUCCCAACGAUGCUCUCGAGCUGGCCUAUGCUGAUCGACUGGAGGCAGAAAUGCAGGAACUGGCCAUUCAGCUCCACAAGAAGUGUGAAGCGGUGGAAGGGCUGAAGGGGCAGGUGUCCCAAGAGCAGGAGCUGCGCGCCGUUGUCGAGAGCUGCCUGAUGGAGCAGGAUGUGGCUUGGAGCAAUGCCCAGGCGAAACUCCGAGAGGUGCAGGCCAUCACCAGAAGUGCUGGGAUUCUCCUAGAACAAAUGCAGGCCUGUCAAGCAGAACUCUCUUCCCGAAUGCAUCAAGAAUGUGCAGCUGGCCAGUUUUUGGAGGUGAAAGCACAGCUGGCAGCCGGCUCCGAGGGAUGGCCCUCUGCCUUGAAGGUCCUUAGCUUGCCUGAACUGUCAGCUCUUCUGGAGGAGUAUAUGGGAGAAAUGGGGAAAGCCCUUCGUUCUGUCAGCCUUAAUCUUGAGGGGCUGCAGAGUCCACAGAAGGGCAAGCCAGCCCAGAAGCAGCCCUAGCAGUGGAGGAAGAGAUUCUGACGUCGGGUGAGCUUUCCACCCAGAAGCUGUGUUUGCCUGGGAGAGUGAGCGCAUGUGGAAAAUGAACCGACUGCACAGGCCGUCUGUAGCAAGAGCCGCUGGUACCCGUCCCAAGAGAGGCGGUGCGACAUCAUGUGGAAGGGAGCCCUAUCCGGAUGAAGCGGAGGCCCGGUCUCUGAUGGAGCGUGGGCCAGAUCCUCGUCCGAAGCCUGGAGAGCACAGGUCAGAGCUUCCAUGCAGGCAACUUGAUGUUGCUUAUCACUGGCCAUGGACAGUGUGUUUGGUAUGUGUUAGAGAUCCAGCAUCUCUUUCUCUUCAUCUCCCCCUUCCCUGUGUUCACAUGAAGGAUUGUGGCAAUUCCGGCCUUGUGGCUGAGGUCUUCAUCCCCUUUUUUGGGGGUGACCAGUUUAGAAUUGCAGCUGACCUACUGCGGGCCCUCCCCGUUUCUGUCUAGUGAUGUUGAGAUUGAUUGUGUAACUGAGCAAUCAUUGCAGUGGUGGUGGGGGGGGGUCAUUAUUAAAACCCACAGUACUUAGAAGCAAGCAUCUCCCCCCACACACACCCUCCCUUUUAUUCUGAAUGCUGAAGUGAUUGCUUAUUGAAGGUGCCGCCUUUUGCCCUGAGCAAAAAGGGGCUUCUAGCAGACCACUUGCUCCUUUUGGUCUCCAGUGUUACAAAUACAGUCCUCCUGCUAUUGGCACAGACAUGAAAUCGUAAACCCUUUUGCUGAGUUACUUUGAGACUCAUGCUUUGGCUGUGGUGUCCUUCUGUAAUGGCCCUAAUCCUAGAACUUUGAAGUAUUCCUUUUGAAGCCUUUCCCAGUGGUGGGGCACAUGUAGCUGAACAUCUGGAGGGCCACAGCUCCUGCCAUUCCACUUCUUUGACCAGGGCUGAGGCGAGUUGGAGUCCAACUACACUGGGGGAGCCAGAGGUCUUCCCACCUCUGGGCUAGCCUGAUUCUUUGGAGGGGUAACAUUUAGGAGCAAGAUGAACCCUUUUUGUUUCUCCAGUUUGCUUUUGAUCGAUGGUGCAUGCAGCCAAAGGGAGUCCAAACUCACAUGCCUGUGCCUUGCCUCAUUUCACAGCUGUGUUUAAGAUGAACCAGUUGUGUAGCACAUCAAUUAGGCAAGCGUGUGCUUGCUACAGGGUAGGGCGUCUUAGGUGAUAGGCAGCUGAUGCAGGGAAGGGAAUGCAGUCCUGUUGCCUAAAGAAAAGUAUACACCACAGUAGCAUCAGGGUGCUUGCUUCUGUUAAGUGCCUGCAUUGGUCCAGCAGGACGGACUCUCCCCUGAUCACCCGUGAUAAUGCAGUCUUUAAACCUCGUGUGGCCUUUUACAGAAGUCUCAGCAAAAGGAGACUGGUCUGGUGUGAAAUCGACUUGGUUGGUAAAAUAUUUUAAACAAGUCUUUUAAUGUGAUGUUUAAAUUAGCUGCCUUCAGUUGUACAUAAGGUGCAAGAUGAAUAUUUUAAAUACAAAUACACUAAACCCAUUGCCAGACUGUACGCUUGCCAACUGUAGCUGUAUUGAGGAGCUCAGCUGUUUUCACCAUACAAAAGAGAAUUCUUUCCUGUCUGAAAUCAGCCUUCCCUCAUCUGAUGCUUUUGACUACGUAAAUUUCCACCAGCCCGGCAACCAUGAUCAAGUGCCAUGGAAUUAUGGGCCCUGUGGACCAUAGCAGCUGGAGGGAAGAGGGUACUAAUCGUAAGGGUGGCUGCACUAGAGGUUGUGAGAAAUGAGGGUUCUGGGCGACUUCUCUGUCCUGCCAUGCUAGUCCCUGUACAAGAAAUGGUUGCGCUGUGCCCAGGGCAGUCUGAGGAGCUGCAGCUCAGGCACUGAUUGGCCACUUUAUUUGACGCUUUUGAGAACUAGGGAUUGUGGCUAUUUAUGUUUCAAAAUUGCAAUCAGUUUUUGACAUCCUGCUCUGGAGCAACUGUUCUUUCAGACAAGUCCACAGUGCGUGGGGAGCCACCUCUCCCAGCUGGUGCCUCCUGAUGUGUUGGCCUUUCUGGCUGGUGGAGACGGGAGUUGCAGCCCCUGCGCAUCAGGGAUGAAGCAGCCCCCUGCAAGGGCCUCUUUUUCCCUAUUCAGGGCCUCCUUGCAGCAGUUGAGGCAAUCUGUGCCCUUGCCUUUCCCUGUCUCGGUUUCUUCUUGCAGACUAACUUUGGUGACCAUAUUUUAACAUUCACUCUUCUGUGAAAUAAACUACUUUGACCCUUAA